GAGGCCUGAGUCAUUAUUUUAACUACCCUCAGGGGAACAGACACCCUCAGCUCUGGACCUCUACUUCCCCUCAGCGUGCUGCUGUGUGAUGGCCUUCAAAGCUGUGCUCCUCCUCGGUGCAAUGGCUUCUUAUCAUGGAUUCAACCUGGAUGUGGAGAACCCUAUAAUCUUCCGAGAAGAUGCAGCCGGCUUUGGGCAGACCGUGGUUCAGUUUGGCGGAUCUCGGCUUGUGGUGGGAGCGCCGCUAGAGGCCGUGGACAUCAACCAGACGGGACAGUUGUACAGCUGCGCGUCUGCAACCGGCUCGUGCCGGCCCAUCUCCCUGCACAUCCCCCCAGAAGCCGUGAACAUGUCCCUGGGCCUGUCGCUGGCGGCCUCCACUAACAACUCCUUGCUAUUGGCCUGUGGCCCAACUGUGCACAGAGCUUGUGGGGAGAACACGUACGCAAAAGGCUCCUGCCUCCUGCUGGGCUCCCACCUGCAGACCCUCCGGACAGUGCCAGCGGCCCUGGCAGAGUGUCCAAAUCAAGAGAUGGACAUUGCCUUUCUGAUCGAUGGCUCUGGCAGCAUUAGCCAAAGUGACUUUAAACAGAUGAAGAGUUUUAUCAAAGCUGUGAUGGACCAGUUCAAGGACACCAACACCCUGUUCUCCCUGAUGCAGUACUCAAACAUCAUGAAGACCCACUUCACCUUCACCGAGUUCCAGACCAGCCCAAGCACUCAGAGCCUGGUGAAGCCCAUCGUACAGCUGAGAGGCCUGACCUACACGGCCACAGGCAUCCUGAAAGUGGUGAACGAGCUAUUUCACAGCAAUAACGGGGCCCGCAAAAGUGCCAAGAAAAUACUCAUUGUCAUCACAGAUGGGCAGAAAUACAGAGACCCCAUGGACUACAGUGACGUCAUCCCCCGCGCAGAGAAAGCUGGGGUUAUCCGCUACGCCAUCGGGGUGGGAGAUGCUUUCCAGGAGCCUGCGGCCAGGCGGGAGCUGAACACCAUCAGCUCAGUGCCCUCGCAGGACCACGUGUUCAAGGUGGACAACUUUGCAGCCCUUGGCAGCAUCCAGAAAAAGCUACAGGAGAAGAUCUUUGCAGUCGAAGGAACCCAAUCAAAGACAAGUAGCUCCUUUCAGCAUGAGAUGUCGCAGGAAGGCUUCAGUGCGGCGCUCACAAUGGAUGGACCAGUUCUGGGGGCUGUGGGAAGCUUCGGCUGGUCUGGAGGUGCCUUUCUGUAUCCCCCUAAUGGGAGCCCCACCUUCAUCAACAUGUCUCAGGAGCGCGUGGACAUGAGGGACUCUUACCUGGGUUACGCCGCUGAGCUGGCCCUGUGGAAGGGGGUGCAGAGCCUGGUCCUGGGGGCCCCUCGCCACCAGCACACCGGGAAGGUUCUCAUCUUCAUCCGGGCGUCCGGGCAGUGGACACCACACGCCGAGGUCGCAGGGACGCAGAUCGGCUCCUACUUCGGGGCCUCCCUGUGCUCUGUGGAUGUGGACGGAGACGGCAGCACCGACCUGGUCCUCAUCGGGGCCCCCCAUUACUACGAGCCGACCCGAGGGGGCCGGGUGUCCGUGUGUCCCCUGCCCAAGGGGCAGAGGGCUCGGUGGCGGUGUGACGCUGUCCUGCAAGGCGAGCCGGGCCAUCCCUGGGGCCGCUUUGGGGCGGCGAUGACAGCGCUGGGGGAUGUGAACGGGGACCAGCUGGCGGACGUGGCCAUCGGGGCCCCUGGGGAGCAGGAGAACCGGGGCGCUGUCUACGUGUUUCACGGAGUCUCAAGAGGGGGCGUCAGCCGGUCCCACAGCCAGCGGAUCACUGGUUCUCAGCUCUCCUCGAGGCUCCAGUAUUUUGGGCAGUCACUGAGCGGGGGUCAGGACCUCACCCAGGAUGGACUAGUGGACCUGGCCGUCGGGGCCCAGGGCCAGGUGCUGCUGCUCAGGAGUCUGCCCGUGCUGAAAGUGGGAGUAUCCAUGAGAUUCACCCCCGCGGAGGUGCCAAAAGCCAUGUACCAGUGCUGGGAAGAGAUGCCCACCGCUCCAGAAGCCGUGGAGGCCACCGUCUGUCUCACUCUUCAUAAAGACUCCCUUGGCCAGUUCGGGGACUUCCAGAGUUCUGUGAGUUAUGAUCUGAUGCUGGACCCUGGCCGUCGGAUUUCUCGCGCUGUUUUUUAUGAGACCAAGAUCUCAACUUUGACUCGAAGGAAAACCCUGGGGCUUGGGGAUCAUUGUGAAGCUGUGAAGCUGCUUUUGCCAGACUGCGUAGAGGAUGUGGUGAACCCCGUCAUCCUGCGCCUCAACUUCUCCUUGGCGGGAGACCCCAUUUUAACCUGGAACCUUCACCCCGUGCUGGCUAUGGGCUCACAAGACGUCUUCACCGCUUCCCUCCCGUUUGAGAAGAACUGUAGACAAGACCACCUCUGUGAGGGGGACCUGAGUGUCAGCUUCAACUUCUCAGGCCUGCAUACCCUGAUGGUGGGGAGUACCUUAGAGCUCAACGUGACAGUGACUGUGUGGAAUGAGGGCGAAGACUCCUACGGAACUGUGGUCAACUUCUACUACCCAGCAGGGCUGUCCUACCGACGGGUAUCACGAAUACAGAAACGGCCACGUCAGCGUUCACUGCGCGUAGCAUGUGAGGCGGAGCCUGCUGAGAAUGAGGGUUUGAGGAGCAGCAGCUGCAGUAUCAACCAUCCCAUCUUCCCGGAGGGCACUAAGAGUACCUUCACAAUCACGUUUGAUGUCUCCUACAAGGCUACCCUGGGAACCAGGUUGCUUGUGCAAGCCAAUGCAAGCAGUGAGAACAACAAGCCUGCAACCGGCAAGACUACCUUCCAGCUGGAGCUCCCAGUGAAAUACACAGUGUACACAGUGAUCAGCAGACAGGAAGAAUCCACUAAGUACUUCAAUUUUUCCACUUCCGAUGAGAGGAGCAAGAAAGAGGCUGAACACCGAUAUCGUGUGAACAACCUGAGUCAGCGAGAUCUAGCCGUCUGUAUCAGUUUCUGGGUCCCCAUCUUGCUGAACGGCGCGCCUGUGUGGGAUGUGACUCUGAGGGUCCCUUCACAGAGUCUCUCCUGCGUGUCAGAAAGGGAACCGCCCCAGCGUUCUGACUUCCUGGCCCAGAUUCCAAGGAGCUCUGUGCUGGACUGCUCCAUCGCUGACUGCCUGAAGUUCCGCUGUGACGUCCCCUCCUUCGGCAUCCAGGAGGAGCUUGACUUCAUCCUGAAGGGCAGCCUCAGCUUCAGCUGGGUCAGCCAGACACUGCAGAAGAAGGUGCUGGUCGUCAGCGUGGCUGAAAUCACGUUCGACAGAUCCGUGUAUUCCCAGCUUCCAGGGCAGGAGGCAUUUCUGAGAGCCCAGACGGAAACUGUGCUAGAAGAAUUUGAGGCCUACAUUCCCAUCCCCCUCCUGGUGGGCAGCUCUGUGGGAGGCCUGCUGCUGCUGGCCCUCAUCACAGCCUCACUGUACAAGCUAGGCUUUUUCAAACGGCAGUACAAAGAAAUGCUGGGUGGCAAACGUGAAGACCCUGCCAUCUUCAGUGAGGAGGAUGUCAGCUAUGAAGCUCCCGAUUUGCCUGUGUCCUAAGAACCCACUUUCCUAUUUAUCUGCACCCCAUGAGCUGGCCUCGUCUCUGUAUACUUCUGCUUUCAUGGGAAGGACUUCCGCACAGAUCUGGACUGGCCUGAGGAACCUAUCUAGAGGAGUUGAAAGAUUUUUAUAUUUUUGUAAAUCUGUCAAACUUCA